AGAGAUAAUCCGCCAAGACAAAUAAGCAGCCGUCGACUGGGAUGGAAGCGUCUCGCAGCUUCCACGUGCUGCUGCAGAUGUCGAGCAACCACGAGUGCCUUGGCUACCUACUUCGGGGUCUUCUGCAGCAUAUUCACAGCAUACUGCGUCUGUUGCAGCAGCGCAAUGACAUCACGCUGCACAGAAGUAUGGCGGCCCUCCUACACAACAUUCUAAAAACAGCACUGGAGGCGUACGGGAGCACUAGUGCGGUGAGCUUGGAGGAUGCUCGCCGUGAGCUGGUGGCCGUGUGUUGCACGCUGCUCAAGGUCUGCCUGAGCCUCAUUCACGGCGUGCACGACCACCAAUUCACGGCACUCGUCACCAUCAACAAGGUCAUCGAUGUGUGUGUCGUGCACAAGCUCGGCCAUGCCAAGUACAAGUCCAUCGAUGCGCUCCGUCAUCCCUGCAACGACAAGAGUCAGCCGACCAACGAGCUGGGUGAACCUCAGUCGCUGCAUGCACAAGCGUCUGUGGACGGGACGGCGGCAUCUGGAGGACAGGAAGGCUCAGGAACAGGCAGUGGUGGUGGGACGGGGGCGGCAGCGAGUGGCAGCAGCCGCCCCCGCAACCAGAAGCUGAGCGCCAAACGGCUGGGCUCUGUGUGGCGGCAUGCCGCCGGCGAGCAAAUCGAGCAAGUGCGCAAGACUAUCACGCCAGAGAGCUCUGUUGAGGAGAGCAUCAUGGACGUACUGUCGAGUGCGCAUGCUGUGUCCAUUCUGAACAUCCUACACAAUUCGCUGACUCUGUACAAGAGGGUGAUCGGCAGCAAGCAGCUUUGUUCUCCAAGCCAGAGGUGAGCAGGUGAGCUAUUAUUACUAAUAUACUGUCC